ACUAUCGCGAUCGUGUUUUCAGUAUCUUUUGUAAUACAAUUGCAAACCGGUCUUUUUAAGGUAUGUGUAACACGGUCACUUAAAUACUAAGAGGGGGUGCCGACUGCUCUGUAACAAGAAACAACGUCAGAGGCAUUAAUAGCGAGCUCAGUUAUCAAUGACACCCUAACAACUAAUCCAGAUAACUGCAAAUUACGAUGCCCCUCCCCCUGUAUUUCUUGUUUGGCAACUUUUGAAUCGCGGUGUGUUGGCGGCAGACAUGUUUCGGGGCUACCAUUGGGGUUUCGAAAAAAAGACUUCACAAGCGCUGGGUUCAUUGACAUCAUAUAGUUUUGACAGUUGGUGCUUCGCAUUCGAUCAUCGCUUAAAACACGUUUGUAUUCUCUACUUCUGUGCAAAUUCGAAACCACGGGAAGAUAGAACAACAGCAAUAGAACCUGCGACAUAACCCUACAACACCUUCGUAUAGCAAUGGCUGCCGUGAACACAUUAAACCCUCUCGACUCUGCGGUUUAAAGUUUUGACAUCUGACACCACGUCUUGGUAAUGACAGAGAAAUGAGGAGAUCGGGCUGGUAUGGCUUUUUGCGACUUUUUUACAGCAUCAAGGACAACCUUGCCGUCCUCACUUCGUUACGUCAUCUGUGGAGGACCAAUAGACCGUUGGUUGUCCUGUUGGGUGGGAUGGUCCUGCUGUUGGCCCUGUACACGUACCUGCUGUUGGUCAUAGAGGAGAAAUACGAAGAACGGCAGAAACUGUUGAUAGCGAUUCGAAAUUUGGCUGAUGACUCUUUUCGAAGCAAGCAGCCGACAAUGGAAGAACACAAGGAAGGAUUGAGUCAAACCAUUAAACGGCUUGAAUCUCCUACGCAGAGCCGAACCCAGGGACGACACAUUCCCGAAUGGCAGCCACCUACCUGUGAACCAAAGCAAAAUGUCGCCUUCGUAAAAGUUCACAAGGCAGGGUCCACUACAGUUCAGAGUGUCUUCCUUCGCUAUGGCUACUUCCACAACCUGACCGUAAUGCUACCCGGAGGUAGAAACCCUGCGUCUUUCUCAUGGGCCAACAACCCCUCCCCUGGGGACGCCUAUCCCGUGAGUGGUGGGGUGUACAACAUCCUCACCCAUCACGCCAGGUACCAUCCAGAAACCAUCCAGGCGAGGAUGCCUCCCGACACGGUCCGUGUCGCCAUCAUGAGACAUCUCCUCGACCAUCUGAAGUCCAUGUUCAAUUUCAUUCACCUGAAUACUAAAUACAAACUUUUAUCAAUAACCCCGAUUCAGACGUUUCUCGAAAACGUUACUGACUACGCAGAAAUCGACAGCAAAUUCUACGAAGGACGCUCGCCUACUAGAAAUUUCCAGUCCUUUGUGUUAGGCUUCGAUCAGAUGAAGGAUGUUGGUGAUGAGUCAACAGAACAGCAUUUUCGAGAGGUAACAACGGACGUGCCGUUUGUCAUGAUUCUUGAACAUCUGGAUGAAUCCCUUGUUGUCCUCAAGCGGACUCUGUGUUGGUCUCUAGCGGACAUUUUCUACGAUUGGACGGCGAGAAACUACCGAAAAUUCUACUACAAGUCAUCUAGUUUGAGCGACCUGGCAAUGGAGAACCAUCGCAAGUGGAGCUCCAUAGACUACGCGCUGUAUGAACACUACAACAGAACGUUAUGGGAGGAGGUCGCAAAGGGAGGGGAAGACUUCGCGUUGGAACUUGAACACUUUCGCACGAUGAACAGUAAUGUGAACGAACAUUGCAGGAUCGACCCUAAAGGUAGCAGGAGUUUUCCGGCAACAAAGUGGAGCAUGUCAUGGACGGUAGAUGCUAAAUUUUGUAAGCAACUGAGACAAGAGCGGUUUAUUUGGGACUGGAAACUGGCAAUGAGACAAAAUGAAAAGUUACGUAGGGAAAGACUCAGCCCAUAGCUAUAAUCGUUACAGAGAUUUAAGAUGUGCAGUUCGAAUUCAUUGGCAUGUUCCAUUUCUACCAAACUUAUAGAAGUUAAUUAUGGAAACAUAAUGCAAUGCUUAUUUGGUUGCCGGGAGCAGUAUAGGAAAAAUAUAAAGCAACAAAGUGUUUACUGUUGUGCCGACACGAUGAUUAUUGCACAGAAAUGCAGUAAAUUAUAUCAUACGAAAUGCUGAUCUUAAACUAGUAUUCCUGUUCAAAAUGAUUACAUCGGCCAUUUCUAGAUGACUCUAUAGAUCUUCGAAUCUGUUUAAGAUUUUCUUUGUAUCUAAAGCUUAAAUUAAGCUUCUUGCAUUCUCCAAUUCUCUGUUAUUGUUUUUACCUAGAAACAUAAAUUUGAAUACUACUUGUUUAUCUAUUUAUUUAUCUAUUUAUUAGGGCUACGGGAUAUAAGUUUUGAAAAGAAUCGAAUUAUCCAGUCUAUACAAUAAACUGCACCAUUAUGUUAUCAA